AUAUAUCUAUUUUUUUAUUAGGAUGAUGGCCGUCACUGAUCCAGCAUUAUGUAGGAGAGUUGCACUUCGACACACGAUCGCCCUUCAAGGCAUGUGUAUGGUUGCUCCUCUCAUUGACACUACGAAUUGGUGGUUUUUGCUAGAAGUUACCCCUUUGAACUUGUAUUUUAUUUAUUUAGCCUAUAAGUUCUAUAAAGACUCAUCGAGUGCCUCAUCAAGAAAGUUAUUCAAAUUUUCGUUGAUACAUCUACCUGCCCUUAUGAUUUUAUUUCUAGUCAAUAAGAAAAGGUGGUUUAUAGUGGAAAAUAGUGAUGAAGAACCAGAAUCGACAAGUUUGGAGACAAAUUAAAAUAGUGAGAAAAGAAUUGUUAGAUUUUUCUGAUACAUUGUAAAAUAUCAGAGCCAUAUAAGUUCAAACGAAGGAAUUGAAUUACACCUAUUUUUCAUUUAA